CAAACCAACAAAUCUUACUGCAACCAAAGUCUCAUCAAGAUACCUUAAGAUAUCAUGGAAAGAUCCAAAAAACACUGGUGUGAAACUUGGCACAAAUCUCUUGAAUCCUCUGACCAAAAGAAUCUUAUUCCUUGCACAACGUAUGCCGUAAAUGUUUCCGCUGGCAACUCUGAAGGUUUUGGUGGAUCAAUUACAGCUAGUUUUACCACUGCGGAAGAUGUUCCUGAAGGUCCACCUUUAAAUGUUAACAUUUUCGUCAUCAGCAGUUCAUCGUUAUCAGUCACGUGGAAGCCACCUGAUGUAACCAAAAGAAACGGAAAGAUAGUCAGCUACACUGUUUGUAUUAAACAAUGGGGGGGUGUCACGUGUUCAAAAAACUAUACUACUGAGGAACAACAUUUGGAAAUAAAUCAUUUAAAACCAGCGACAAAAUAUUGUGUUCGUGUUUUAGCGUCUACGAAAGUGGGUCCUGGAAUUUACAGCAAAUUGAAGUGGACGUUCUCAAACGGACUUGCACCGGAACAGCCCAGAAUUCAGACAGCGUAUUCACUGACAUAUUUGUUGCGAAUCCCCUCCAUAAAAUAUCAAUAUUUUCAUGUGGUAGCAAUGGAGCAUGACAAAAAAGAAAGUCGGUUGCCUUCAGAAUUAAAAAAUGAUGACUUAGUUAGUUACUCAGAGGCCAUAUCAUCCGCACAACCAAAGCCCUAUAUUGCUGCAGUAAUUUUUCCCAUUAGAAAAAACACGUCAUUGUUCACACUCGGUGAUGUCGCAAACACAGUUGUUACAAGAAGACGCCGCUCUGAUGGUAGAAAACACCAAAAUGGCCCUCUGAAGCCAGGAACUAGUUACAAAAUUUUCCAGCGAGUUUUCGUAAAUGAUCAGGUUUCUUUUUAUUCUACUGACUGGAGUCCUCCAGCAAAAACACUAGAAAACGCAGACAUCGCAGCCACGACAAAAUGGUACAUCAUUUUGGUUGCCGUCAUUUCAGGAAUCAUUCUCAUCAUUGUUUUCUGUUCAAUUAUUCUACUUUAUCGUCAACGUUUUGUAUUGAACAACAAAAAUAAACAAAAUGAACAACUUCAGUCCCCUGGUAUAGAGAGCACAGACGUAAACAAUGGAGCCUAUGAAGAAGUGAAGUUAUCCGACAUAUCUAAAAGAAACGAUAAUGAGGCUUUGACAGACUGUGAUGACUUAAAUUAUCAAAAAUUAGACGUAUCAAAAAUGGACAGGGAAGAAAAUUAUCAGUCUUUAAUGGAUAUGCCUUACGUCAAUAUCAAAGAUAAAAUGUAUCAAAACUGAAGAAAGUUCACAUACAUACCAUUUCUCAUGUAAUGAAUGAAAAAUAAUAAAAGUAAACUUUUAUAUGGCAUGUAA